AGGGCGGACUCUCUCUCUCUCUCUCUCCUUUUUUUAAUCCGCGGUCUCCAAUGAACAUGUGUAAACGCACUUCCUCCUCCUCGUCCUCCUCCUCCUCUUCCAGCUGCUGCACUCUUGAGGACGCUGCAAAUCUGUAAUUUCCAGAGAGGGUUUAUUUUCGGCCGCCACGGCCAGCUUGGUCCGGAUUCUGCUUCCCUUCUUUCUCUCUCUCUCUCUCCUUCUCCCGUUAAGAAAAAGCCAAGGAAAAAGAGCACGGAAAGCUCUCUUGCUUCGGCGUGGCGCGCGAGAGAGGGUGGGGUGGCCAGCCAAUCCAGUGGCGCAGGAGGAGAGCCGAGGUAACCCAGCGAGGCAGCCUCCGGGGUACGGAAAGCGAGGUAACGCGUUCUGCGGGGUAGAUUUUUUUUUUGGGGGGGGGGGGGCGCUUGCUGCUAGCCCGGAUCCCAGGCUGGAAGCCAUGAUGGGGGAAGCGGAGGUGUCGAUCCACGGCGGGGCUGCGAGCUGAGCUUUUGGACUCGCAGCGGCAGCGAGGGGAGGACGCGUCUCUCUCCAGGAUGGUGCCCUGCCGGCGCGCGAGAAGGACCUGCUGCUGCUGCUGCGACCACGCGGCGCGGAUCUUGCCACCCGUCACCGUCUGAACGGCGCUCGUGGGGACUGGCUGGGGAUGAUGGAAUUUCUCACCUGGGUCUUGCCUGCCUUCCUGCUUCUCUGCUCUCAGCAGCACACCUGUACCAGAGCUAUGAACGACAUUGGCGAUUACAUCGGGUCCAACGUAGAAAUCUCUUGGCUGCCCAAUUUGGAUGACUUGAUAAAAGGAUACGGACGCAAUUUCAGGCCUGGGAUUGGAGGCCCUCCUGUUAACGUUGCUCUGGCCAUUGAGGUAGCCAGUAUUGACCACAUCUCCGAGGCCAACAUGGAAUACACAAUGACCGUCUUCCUGCAUCAAAGCUGGCGGGACGACCGGCUGUCCUACAAUCACACGAAAGAGACUCUGGGCUUAGACAGCCGCUUCGUGGACAAACUCUGGCUACCGGACACCUUCAUCGUCAACGCCAAGUCUGCCUGGUUUCAUGACGUCACCGUGGAGAACAAGCUCAUCCGGCUGCAGCCCAACGGGGUCAUUCUCUACAGCAUCAGGGUUACCUCAACAGUGGCUUGUGACAUGGACCUGACCAAAUAUCCCAUGGAUGAGCAAGAAUGCACGCUGGACUUGGAAAGCUAUGGCUACUCCUCAGAGGACAUUGUCUACCAAUGGUCAGAAAACCAGGAUCAGAUCCACGGUUUGGAUAAGCUGCAGCUUGCUCAGUUCACCAUCACCAGCUUCCGGUUCGCAACUGAAGUGAUGAACUUCAAAUCCGCUGGUCAGUUUCCCCGGCUGAGCCUCCACUUCCAGCUGCGGAGGAAUCGAGGGGUCUACAUCAUCCAGUCUUAUGUGCCUUCCAUCCUCUUGGUAGCCAUGUCCUGGGUUUCGUUCUGGAUAAGCCAAUCAGCUGUGCCUGCCCGGGUCUCCUUAGGGAUAACGACAGUCCUCACCAUGACGACCCUGAUGGUGAGUGCCCGUUCUUCGCUCCCACGGGCUUCGGCCAUCAAAGCCCUGGAUGUGUACUUCUGGAUCUGCUACGUCUUUGUCUUCGCGGCGCUGGUGGAAUAUGCCUUUGCCCACUUCAACGCGGACUACAUGAAAAAGCAGAAAGACAAGCUGAAGACCAGCAGGCAGACGGCAGAGGUCAACGUGAAGAACGCCAUUGUCAUGUUCUCCUUGUCCAUCGCUGGCGUCAACCAGGAACUGGCCGUCUCGAACCGGCAACACCGAGCCCCCAAAAACCUGCCCGGGUCGUUCGGCUCCGUGGAAGUAGAAACCGGGGAGACGAAGAAACCGCAGGAAGCCAAGCCGGAGAAGAAAAGCGGCCUGAAAUCCCUCUUCAAACCCAUCGACGCAGACACCAUUGAUAUCUAUGCCAGGGCCGUCUUCCCAGCAGCCUUUGCGGCGGUCAACGUCAUUUACUGGGUUGCUUACACCAUGUGAGGACCCCAAAGGGGGGCAAACGGUGUCACAGAUCACCAAGGAGCUCUGGGCCAAAGUACAUUUUCUAGAGCCAGGGAGGAUUUCGCUCAGACAAAAGACACCACACUGCUCCCCGCUCGGUUCUCCUUAACGUGGGCAAGGACCAGUCCAAGACCGCUGUCUUCCCCAGCUGGCAUGGGAAUGCCACGGAGACGUCGCCACCAAACCCUGCACGACACAUUGGCCUUUUGCCGACUUCAUUCCGAGCGCCGGCUUCCAGGAACCCGCCCCCGUAGACAGGGUCUCGAACCAUCGUGGUACAGCCAUCGCAGAAGUGGGCACAUCUGGCACGGACCUAGGAGAAGGUGGUGUGUCAAGGUCAAAUGAGAGAUGACGAGGAAUAGGCCACCAGGUUUCCAUCUGUUUCUUUAAAUCACAGCCAUUGUAGGGCCUUUAGCACUGGGUCAUUACUAAGACCCCAUGGCAGCAGGGGGAAGUUCAUCCUUUCCUCCUCCGUUGCCGUUUUCCAGGCAAAAAAUCACCUCCAGAUCUGCACAGAUAUGGUUUUUCUUCCCGGGCAAAUCACUGCUUCGGUGGGAGGGUGAAUGGGCACAGAUUUAUCUAUUUCUUCCUGGGCAAAUAGCAAUGUUGGAGCGAGAGAUAACACAGGAGAGAUGUUAACAUAGGGGACAUUAUGCCCACCACUCCCUGGUUCCAGUCUGCUGCUAUUCUGAACAACAGUUUAAAAGACGGCUGAAAUGCGAUGAUGCAUUUCUGGGUGCGUGCCGUUGGCGCCUCAGAGGGGUGUCAGGGCAGAGCGGCUUUGAAUGUUGGUUAUUUUUAUUGGCUGAAACGUUGGGUAGGAAUGCACUGGGGAAAAAGAAAUGAAGCUUUGAGGACGAUGAUUGGGGUUUUCAGCGUCGGGGUCGUCUGGCCCCAAGAGGUACCUGCUGGAAUGGUUGUCACUGGUUGGAUGAGUGAAAAUCCCAGCCAUCUAGCAGUCCGUUUAUUCAGGGUUCUGGUCAUGUCCCUUUCAUCGGCAGCACUGCAGUUCUGUUCUCUUGAUUUCACAGGUUUGUACCCUGGAUCCCAACCAGAGUUCCUCCAGAUCAGGGUUUCUUAACUUUGGGCCCCCAGUCAUGGUUGGACUACAACUCCCAGAAUCCCCAGCCACAAAGGCCAUGUCUGGGGAUUCUGGGAGUUGUAGUCCAACGACGACUGGGGGCCCAAGGUUAAGAAACCCUGCUCCAGAUGUUCCUGGACUACAAUUCCCAGAAUCCCCAGCUACAAUGUAUUAUGGCUGGAGAUGCGGGCAGUUGUAGUUUGGCAACAUCUGGAGGAAUCCAGGUUGGGAUCCACUGCUCUAUCGCAAGGCUGCCCAGAUGCAGGACUACAACUCCCAUCAUCCCCCGCUGCCACGGGGGUGAUGGGAGUUGUAGUCCGGCAACAGCUGGAGCACUGAAGUGUGCAGCCCUGCUCUGUACUGAAGUAAGGAGUUACCUGUUCCCCCACAUUUUGGGGGCCGAAGGUGAUGGGUGGGGGGAGAGAGGAAGCCGGCCCAUCUCUCUUCCUCUGCAGUGCUUGAGUUGUAAAUUUGGUUAGCAACGCUGGUUUAUGGUUUGUUUGUUUUUUAAAAAAAAUAAAUGUAUCAUUUUAUCUUGGAUAAAAGUAUUUAAAACACGUUUGGAUGAUCUUCUUUUAGUACCGCAUGCAAUAAAGCCGACUUCACAGGG